CCCAUCCAUCCAAUCCCCAAAUUGACGCACACAAAACCAAACAAGACAAGACAAUGGGCUCGAACGACGCGGCGCUGCCGAAGAAGCCCCAUGCCGUUUGCAUCCCAUUCCCAGCUCAGAGCCACAUCAAGGCCACUCUCAAGCUCGCCAAGCUCCUCCACCACCGAGGCUUCCACAUCACUUACGUCAACACCGAGUUCAACCACAGCCGUUUCCUCCACACCAGAGGUCCACACGCCCUCGACGGCCUCCCCGACUUCCGGUUCGCCACCAUCCCCGACGGACUCCCACCGUCGCGUCCCGACGCCACCCAGGACAUUGCGGCGCUCUGCAACUCCAUCCGCAACUUCAUGUCCGCUCCCUUCAGGGACCUCCUCGCCCAACUCCACAACGACAGCAACCCUCCGGUGAGCUGCGUGAUUACGGACACCAUGCCCUUCGCCGUCGACGUGGCUCGAGAGUUCGGUAUCUCGUCGGUGAGCUACUGGAGCUUCGCUGCUUGUGGGUUCAUGGGGUUCAAGCAGUUCCGCCCUCUGCUUCAAAGAGGCAUCACCCCCUUCAAAGACGACAGCUAUUUGACGAAUGGAUAUCUGGAGACGGCAAUAGAAGUGCCGGGAAUGAACAACAUACGUCUCCGUGAUCUGCCCAGCUUCUUUCAGACAACGGAUCCCGAAGAGCCGGUUUUCCACUGCCUAAUGGAAUUCGCUGAAUCAGCGGCCAGAGCUUCCGCUAUUCUAAUUCACACGUUCGACGCCCUCGAACCCAACGUCCUCGCCGCACUCGACUCCGUCUACCCUGGCCGGGUCUACUCGGUCGGACCAAUCCAGCUCCUCGUCGACCAAAUCGCAUCCACCCACCCGACCCUCGACGCAAUCAGCUACAGCCUGUGGAAGGAAGAGCCAGAGUGCCUCCGCUGGCUUCACACCAAACCACCCAAUUCCGUAAUCUACGUCAAUUUCGGAAGCAUCGCCACGAUGUCGAAACAGCACCUGACCGAAUUCGCCAUGGGUUUGGCCAGCAGCGGCGUUUCCUUCCUCUGGGUCAUCCGGCCCGACCUGGUUACGGGUGAAUCGGCUGCUCUUCCUCCGGAAUUCCAGGAGAAGGCGGAAAGGAUCGGGUUCAUCUCCGGUUGGUGCCCGCAGGAGGAAGUUUUGAACCAUCCGGCUGUGGGAGGGUUUCUGACGCACUGCGGGUGGGGAUCGAUUAUCGAGAGCUUGACCGCCGGAGUUCCCGUGCUCUGCUGGCCGUUCUUCAGCGACCAGCUGAUAAAUUGCAGGAUGGCGUGUACGGAGUGGGGGAUGGGGAUGGAGGUGGAGAAGGACGUGAAGAGGACGGCGGUGGAGAAGCUCGUGAGGGAGUUGAUGAACGGGGAAAAGGGGAAGGAGGUGAGGAACAAGGCUGAGGAUUGGGGGAAGUUGGCUCGGAAAGCUACUGGACCAGCUGGAUCGUCGGCCCUCAAUUUGGACCGUUUGGUUAAUGAGGUUCUUGUACCGAAAUGAGGGGGUUGGCCUUCAUGGUUUGAAGUCUAGUCUGGAUCUUCACUCUGAAACAAAUAAUUUAUAUAUAUAUAUAUACAAAAAUAAGGUCAGUGGGAAAAUAUAAACGUUUCAAACGAGCGUGAGCAAGAUAUGGCUAAAUUACAUGUUUGGUCAAUCAAAUUACACAAAUCUUUCACGUUUGCCACCUGAAUUACUUUUCUUUCUUGUUCGCCACUAACUUUAUGAAUCGUUUCACCAUUAGUCACUAACCGUCAUACUCUAUUAAAUUUGUGCUAAGUGG